UUUAUAAAUUCCGAGUGAUAAACUGAACAGUUGAUCACUCGCUCACACUCAGACUCAGGUCCAAAUGAGUGCGACAGACGCAGAUAAUUACGAUGAGGAGGGAAGUGAAAAAUGUAAUCAAGUCAAUUCAGAUGAACCUAAAAAGAAAAAGAGGAAAAAACGUUACAAACUCUGCAAUUGGAUUCGUGGAGCAUUCUUGUUUUGUUUCUGUGGCUUUUGGAGUUCAGAAGACAAGAAAAAAGACGAUGACUAUCCGUCGAUGACUUUAGUUGAGACAAUCAAUGCCGUGGAACUUGAAAGAACUCAAAACUAUGAGGCAGAGAAAAUUGCAAUAUCCAAAAAGCUGUCAAAAGCUGCUGGUGACCAUAAUACCAAAUUUAUGGGAUUAUCAAUGAUGCCCGCAGAAAAAACUCAGUCAUUUGAGGAUAUACCUGGAGCUGUAAUUGAUGAAAAGGAGUUGGUCGUCUCGAGGGUCGAGGGUGAAAUUAGGCUCCGGAGACCGAAGACUGCACCAGUCAACCGAAAAGAACCCGAAAAGAAAGAAAUUAAGUAUUUUCCACCAGUGGCGUUCUGGACUCCUGUGGAUAUAAAACAAAGCGAUCUCUAUAAAAUUGAUCGAAAUCUACCAAACUUGAAGCUCCAUAUGCAAACUUGCAUUGAAACGAGAAGGAACAAGACUCGAUUUCUGAAACCUUUGAAGGUGACACCAACUGGAAGAAAAUAUGGUCUCGAGGAUAGUAUGAGAAAGAUGCGACCGAAAACUGCGCCAACUACGCGGACAUACAAUACAGCCAUACCAUCAAUUGCAUUUUGGACUUCAUUUGACGUUAAAAGAAGCGAUGUGAACGAGAUAAAUCGUAAUCUACCCAGUCUGCAAAAUUAUGCAAGUGCUCGACCGAAGUCACGUAGAAGCAAGAGAAGAAGGAAGAAGAAAAAGUCACUCUCGAACGAUGAUUUCAAGAUUAGAGCUGAUGUUCGUCAAGUCAUGGAUGGGAUGAUGGAUGAAAUUUGUCAAGAUGAUGACAUUCGCGACAUCUUGGAAAGUCCCAUUGACAGAUCAAUGACAACGACAUGAAUUUCAAGAAACAGAAUCUGGAGCGAUUUUUUUUCUCGUUUUUUGUGCUUAUAAUGUAUUUCUAUUUCAAUAAUAACACCCCAAAACUAAACAGAGUUUCUUUAUUAGUUUGGGGAGUCCUGAAUAUAAUUACGUUAAUAAGUAUUAUUUAAAUGUCAUAACAAGCGUUGGAGUUUCGUAAUUCCGGAUAUCAAAAGUACUUCCAAAACAUUCUAGCAAUAUCGAGAUAGUAAUAGGUAUUUGUAUAUAAAUGAUGUAUGUGUAUGUUAUUGUCAACUAAAGAAGAUUUUGUACUCUUGUAUAUCUUUUUUGUAGUUUUAAUGAAAGAAUUGGUGAGUCAUUCCAUUUGGUUCGUAAUCGCACCAUGCGGAGUUGGCAAAACUACCCAUUGUAUAUAUACCAAUUAGAACCUUGUCAAUCCCGAGCUGAUUUGUUUCUACUCUCAUAUAGCGUACCGUAGAUACUGCAACGUUACAAAAACGUUUCAUUAACUUGUAAUAUUAAAGACCCGGUAACAAACUCUUCUCGGGCCGGCUUACCUAUUAUUUAUCACAAACAUACAAAUCCAUUGAAGGGAGGAGUUUUUCUAAGUCGUUGCGGAGAAAUUUGUGUAUAUAUAUUCACAUUUGAUAUGUUGGUAUAGGCUAUUACAAAGUGGGGCACCCAGAAUGUCGGUGAGGUGGAAGUCAGUCAAUAUUUGGAAUCUGUUAAGUCAUUUUAUGAUUACGUGUUUUGUAUUUUAAACAACGUGGUGAAUUUAUAGUGGCGCCAUACACUGCUCACAUGAAAUUCGCUCCGAUAUCAUAACAGAGAUUGCGUGUCUCUAUAUUUUUAACACAAUAAAUAAAUGUUAAAAACUCGAGCAAAAAUUUAAUUACAGGCAAGCCACGAUCGCUAAUUCCUCAAAUAUAUUGAAUAUUGAGUUGAAUUUCAAACAAACAAUUUAAGAAACUCAAGGUCGUAAUACAAGGAGAAGAAAUUGCCCUUCUUGUUGAAAAUAUUUUUUCAUUGGUCUUGCGGAAAAUAAAUGCAAUUUCAAUUUAAUAUUUGAUGAAUAUAUUUUUUUCGGUGCUCCUGAAGUAUGCGCAGCAAGAUGUUGCAUAACCUGAACCCUAACCUGGUACACAACCUGAGUUCAGGUUGUGAGCCAUCGCAUACUUCAGAAAGUCCUUUUUUUCGCAAAUUAUAAACAGUCAAAAAAUUAGCAAGAGCUCAUAAACUCGAAUUGAUAAAGCUAUUAAAUCACAUAUUACUUAUUUUUAAAAUGAUUUGAAGUAAUUUACCUGUUUUCUAAUUUUAGUUCCUGUUUUUUGGUUGAAUGAGCAUAAAUAUACUUGUGAUGGUCGACUAACAAAUGAUCUAUUGGCGAUGAUUUGAAAACAGGUAUGAAUAUCUAUGGCUUUGAUUCAAAUUACCCAUGCAAACGUCAAUAAAGUUAGAAAGUGAAGAUAAAUGAAAUCAAUGAUCAAUCAAAUCGAUUUGUUUUAACGACAAACCCGUAUGAAAUAGAUGGAGGAACCGCAAGCAUAUCGACGGUCCCUACAGUAUCGACAUCAUAGCCAGUUUGCACAAGGCAAAUGAACAAAGUAAGUAUUUUCAUGGGUAGAAGUUGUCGCAUUACACCCUUCCGUUUAUAAAAUACAGCCUUGCAGACCAUGCAUUUCAUGAUCCACUUGCCGUUGUACUAAAUAUCACAAACCUUUGGUCAAAUGACCAUUUAGUUCACUUGCUGGAAUAACUUUUACCUCUUAUUAAUUGUCAUUUUAUUCCUGUCUACAACGAUCAGGCACCAUGCCAAUGUAGUGUAACACUGCAGUACGUAGUCCAAACGUGAGUGUAUUUCGUACGCUUCUCAGAUCACGAAUGGUUCCUAUUUUAUGAAUAUUUUAUGGAAAGGUCUACCUACACUCAUUUCUACACACGUCUUAAGCCUUCCUUCACUCAAUCCGAUUCGGCCCACCGGGGCAUACAAUUAAAUCUUUUUGGACGAUGUAUGGUCAUUUGGGUAUAUAUAUAUACUAAUUACAGUAUCACGACUAACUUCACCAGUUUUUGGUUCUUUAAGUAUAAUGCGAAUUUGCAUAUUGCCGGUUUCCUCUAGUUGCUAGGCUGGGAUCAAACCCGGGAUAAAAUUUCAACGUAUUCUAAAAUUCUUUUUUCUCUUUCAGGCACCAGCGGGUCAACAAUUACGAUCUCCGAAGUUCUGUCAAAACAGUUGAAAGUGGUUAGCAGGUCUUAGCUCGAUUCUCCAGUCAAUCAUUC